UGCUAUUGUGUAAGUGAAACGAAUGUGUUGGCUGCCAUUUUAUAACUUAGAAUAAAUUUGAGAAAAAGUAAAAUUACAGAAAAGUAAAAUGCCUGAGAUGAUCAAAUCGCCCGCUGACAUCAAAACUGCACCUUUCGACCCGCGGUUCCCUAAUACGAACCAGACCAGGCACUGCUACCAGAGCUACCUGGACUUCCACCGAUGCCAGAAGGUGCGCGGCGAGAACUACGAGCCCUGCAACUACUUCAAGCGGGUGUACAGGUCUCUGUGCCCCAACGAGUGGGUGGACAAGUGGGACGGCCAGCGGUCCGAGGGUACCUUCCCCGGCAGGAUCUAAGCGCAUUAUGAAAUUCCACCAGCUGUGAACUGUUAUUUAAUUUGAGUUUUAAUUUACAUAGGUAAAAAGGAAUGCUUUAGUGAAAUAAAUAAGUUGAUUCAACGG